AUGUCAAAUCACCAAGACCAGCUGGAUCUGAUCUCUCACGAAAUCGCCAAUCUCAACGAUGAACUUGACUUGGAGACACAAAAACAAAAGCGAUUAGACAAGUCCUUAAAAGAACGAAGCGAGGAUCUCGAUCGACUCAAUGCGCAGAUCGACAAAGCUAAACGCAUCAGGGAUUUAUUGGAACAAGAAAAGAAGGUCGAGGAAGAGAAUGCAAAGUUGGCUGAUAAGGUUACCAAAGCACAAGAUUGGCUCGAGCAGUGCGAAGAGAAUGACAACAAACUAGAACAGCUUAGAGGAGAAUUAGCUGAGGUGACAGCACAAGUCGAGGAACUAGAACGUCAAAUCGAAGAGAAGAAUAAAAGAUCAUGA